GCAGAAAGGACGACCCGACGCGUUCGUGUUGCUGGGUAGAGAACAAAGCCGAGACAGAUCGCUGCGUUAUAACUUAGAAAAAGCCGAAACGGGAGAGACGGUUCUGUGGUUUUCCCAACUUCUUUGCUGUAAAAUCACCCACUUUAAAAUCAUGGCAACCGACUGUGAGGCCUGGCUGAACUCCAACCCAGUAGAGGCAGUCGACCUGAGCGACUCUUAUCAGUCCGGGGACGAGGAGAACGGCCUCGGUGGCAACGUCGACGACAAGAUCAACGGUAACUGGAUCUCCGCCCCGGCCGGCACCGUCCACGAGGCGCGGCUCAAGGCCAAGGCCAAGCGGCGGCUCCGCAAGAACUCCUCCAGGGACUCGGGCCGGGGAGACUCGCUCAGCGACAACGGAGACGCCGUCCGGUCCGCUGCUCCACCCACCAGCCCCAAAGGCAGAGUUCUGGACCGCAGGUCACGGCUGGGCAAGGGCAGAGGGCUGCCCAAGAAAGGUGGAGCUGGAGGUAAAGGUGUGUGGGGCACACCUGGAGAGGUGUACGAUGAGGAGGAGGUGGACGUACGAGACCCCAAUUAUGAUGAGGAUCAGGAGAACUGUGUGUACGAGACCGUGGUGCUGCCGCUGGACGAAGAGGCCUUCACCAAGACGGUGACGCCGAUCGUACAGGAGUACUUUGAGCACGGGGACGCUAACGAAGUGGCGGAGUUACUGGGGGAGCUGAAUUUGGGCGGCAUGCGUAGUGAUGUUCCUCUGCUGGCCGUGUCUUUGGCUCUGGAGUCUAAAUCGAGUCACCGUGAGCUGACCUCUCGCCUGCUGAGCUGGCUCUGUGGGAGGGUUCUGACCCGCUCGGACAUCGAGAACGCCUUCCACAAGCUGCUGCGGGAGCUGCCGGACCUGGUGCUCGACACGCCCACAGCACCACAGCUGGUCGGCCAGUUCAUUGCCAGAGCAGUAGCGGAUCAGAUCCUUACCAAAAACUACAUCGAAGGAUACAAGGGAAGGGUGGACUGUGAGCAUGCGAGGGCCGCUCUAGACCGCGCUGCCGUCCUGCUGAAGAUGAGCAGGGAGGCGGGGCUCCGGAUCGAUAACCUCUGGGGUUCAGGUGGCGGCCAGAGACCUGUCAAUCAGCUCAUCAAAGAGGUGAACCUGUUGCUGCAGGAGUACGUGCUGUCCGGUGACACGGUGGAGGCGGAGCGAUGUCUGAGGGAGCUGGAGGUCCCUCACUUCCAUCAUGAGUUUGUUUAUGAGGCGAUAGUCAUGGUGCUGGAGUCCAAAGGAGAGAAGACACUGCAGAUGAUCCUGAAGCUCCUGAAAUCUCUCUUUGACUCGUCAGUCAUCACUGUGGACCAGAUGAGAAGGGGCUAUGAGAGAGUGUAUAUGGAUAUUGCUGAUAUUAAUAUUGACGUACCGAGUGCGUACUCUAUACUGGAGCACUUUGUGGACAAGAGUUUUAGCACUGGAGUCAUCGAUACCAAACUCAGAGACCUGUGUCCAUGUCGAGGACGGAAGAGGUUCGUGAGUGAAGGAGACGGCGGACGUCUCAAACCCGAAAGCUACUGAAGCUCCACAGACCCAGAGGCCAUCUCACGUUCGGGGAAACCAGUGCUACUGUUCUAAAACCACAUUUCUGUGUCCCACAGGUUUAGGUAGAGUUUUCCUGCUGUCCAGUAAGAAUGUAGAGCUUAUUACACACGGGGAAGGUGACCGAGGAGCAACGCAAGCGCUUAAAAAAAAAAAGAAAAAAAGAAAAGAAAACGAGGAGAUAUUUUAGACGCACACACACCCCUCCGAGGUGACCUGAUAAGCUAACCCAGAAAGUGCCACACUUUUGAAAUGACUGUCAUUCCAUGUUUGUAUUGAGUUCACUGCCACUCCAGAGGCAUUUUCACCAAAUAUAAGCUGGAUAACUUUGAGCCAAAAGUCAAAACAGGGGCAGUAGAGACAUCACUUAACCUUACCGUCUCUUACUGGAUAUUAUUGACCCUUGGCUUAAUUUAUCCAGCAAAACAAGUCAAAGAAAUCUGGCUUUGUGGAAACAUCUCCCAGUUCUCCAGUCAGCAGUAUUUAUAGAGUCCGAUACGUUUGUGUUCAUGAGAGCUUUAUAAAGGGAGUUCAGUGGACGGGUUGUCCCCUUUUUCUUUCUUUCUUUCUUUCUUUCUGUUUUUCUUUUUUCCUCCUACAGGCCUAAACUUUCUGUUCUGUGCUGACGUCUUUGUUUUUCCCCGCCUUGCUGUAACAGAGAUGUCAUUACUGAAUGCAACUGAUGACAAAAAAAACAGGCAAUACAGAGAAAUGUGAACCAAUUGGGCUCAUUUCGCAAAAAACUAUUGUCAAGAACAUAUUUUUGUAUUUCAGAAUAUUGGUGUGGGUGAAAUUUACCAAAUGUUCUCACUCUUUGUUUAAAACGGUGAAGAAGUAAAUGAAGAAUAAUAAAA